UGGAAUUUUACCUUCUCCAGUGCAUAUGUUUCGUGCAUCAGUGUAUAUGUUUUGUAAAGAAAACAUCUGGAAAUUGAUAAGGGAAAAAGAGAAAAUCUAUCCAGACAGGUACUUUCGUACGAUCCGUAAGGAAGUACACGUGACAGUGUCAUGAGUUUUAUUAGGAUCAUAUGCAAUGCCGGAGAAGGUGAAUCUACAUCAUAUCAUAACUACGAAAGAAAGGUUUGAGUGACGAUUUUUCCUUGUUUUAGAUGUUGCAAAAUAAAUGCUCCCACUCUAAGGCUCUGCCUGCGGGGGUGUGCUCCUUUUGCAAUUCAUCCGCGCCCGAUAAAUUGCUGGAUAUUUGCUUUGAUUUCAUCAACAAACACCUGUUAGAGACAAUUUGUUACGAAGAUCGCCUUACCGGAAAAUUGAGUCUCAAUCCGGGAUUGACGCUCCCUCUGGAGAUAUGCGAACGUCUGCUGAGUGUGCGGACAAACAGCUGUACCUCCGUCCACUCGCAUUUCGUGAACAUUUUCAGAGACACGAAUUCGACAAGGUUGAAAAGGGUCAGGUUGAGGAAAAGCAAAAUACAGGAUUCUGAUUUGGAGAUUCUUCUGAAGCACAGAUUGGUCGAGCUAGAGAUAUGUCGGGCCUCGGAUUUAACAAGAAAUUGCAUAAAAUACAUCACUAAAUAUGGAGCUAGUUUGUUGUCCCUCACAAUCGAGGACUGCCCCAAGAUAUUCCCUAGUAAUAUUUACUCAAAAUUAGAUUUAUCUAAUGACCCCUUUUGCAAUAAUUAUAUUUUCCUCACACCAAACUUGAAGCGGUUUGCAAUGCGAGGUUUUUCCCAAAUCCAGCCCAAGUUCUAUAUGACGUUAUUGACCAUGGUACCUAGAAUAACGCAUCUAGAUCUAUCUAGUUGUGGCGACCUCGGAAGUUUUAACUAUACGGAUCAUUUGAUACAUUUAACCUCCUUAGUUCUGUAUAAUGUCGAUAAUCUAGAGCUACUGGUCGACGCAAUAUGUGAAUUGAAAAAUCUAAGGCAUUUGGACGUUUCUCAGUCGAGAGACGAUCAUGGCAUAUACGAAAAACCAAGUAAAGUUCUCAGAACAUUGGUACAGAGCCUUCCUAAGUUGACAUCGUUGGACAUUUCUGGAACGAAUUUGGCAGGACGAGGGGUAGCGGAAACCACAAAUGGUCAUGUCUCUGAUAUACCCGGAUUGAGCAGUAGAGUUAAUAAUCCAUUGCAGUAUUUGGGUCUUUACGAAACAUCACACGAUGCUUGUUUGAGACAUGAUAUUCCUGCAAAGCUGAUAGCAGGGAAUGCAAACGAAGAACAGAUACUUGUGGCAGCUGUAGCAUACUUGGAUAGAACGGAUAUGUUACAGAAAGUGAUGAACGAAUUGUUUCAUAUGUUUCGCUUCGAGAACGUUGUUCAUGUUGGACAAGCAUUGAACAUUGUUUUAGAGGCGAUGGGUAGGCAUUUGGAUGAAAGGCACAUACAGAUAUCAGGGAGCGCAACAUUGUUCUAUGUAGUAAAAGGUACCGGUAGAGAAUUACACGAUGAUAUGAAGGUGAAAAGAAGAAUUAUUACUGCACUUUUGAAUGGAAUGACAGUCCACAAAAAUGAUGAUACAAUGAUGAGGAAUGGCUGUCUGACUUUAUGUCAGUUCAAAAUCCCAAUGGAUGUGCUAUUUGAUUACGAGCGUCUUGUGAAUAUACUCCUUCAUUCUGUACACGGUAUGGCCCAAGAGAGUUUUGUUCAAAGGAUAGGGAUAUAUCUGCUGAACUCGUUGGCGUGUCAAGUUGACGGCUUUCAGAAGGUGAAGCUGGGCGAGCUCGGAGCGAUAGACAAAAUGAUGUGGUUAAUAACAGAAAGGCUAGGAAGAAAUAUUUGUGACGAUGUACUGGAAGUUGCUUGGUCGACAAUGUGGAACGUUACAGAUGAAACGCCACUGAAUUGCCUGAAAUUUUUAGAAAACAAAGGAAUGGAGUUCUUUUUGUCUUGCCUAGAGAAAUUCCCUGAUAAGGAAGAAUUGCUCAGAAAUAUGAUGGGGCUACUCGGCAAUGUAGCUGAAGUUACAGAACUUCGUCAUUAUUUGAUAAGACCAGAAUAUCUGUCUGUUUUCUCUAGACUGUUAGAUUCGACGAGCGACGGGAUUGAGGUGAGCUACAAUGCUGCCGGUGUCAUCUCACAUAUAGCCUCCGACGGCGAAGAAGUGUGGACGGUGACGGAUCCCCCCAGGAAUUAUGUUCUUUCCAAAAUGAUAGAGGCGAUUGAGAGAUGGGACUUGAAUUCCCCCAGGAACAUCAACUAUCGAUCCUUCGAACCGAUUUUGUAUCUGGUCACGGUCUCUCAUACUCCCGCGUGCCAGCAUUGGGCAGUGUGGGCGUUGGCUAACCUUACUACGGUUUAUGCUGAUAAAUAUUGCGCUUUAGUAGAAAAAGAAGGCGGAUUGCCGCUGCUGGAGGAACUGAUCCAGCAUCCAUCUCCUCCACAACGCGUCAAAGACUUGGCCGCGAUCGUAAUCGAUAAUUGUAGGAAAUUCCACGAAGCUUCAUUGGACGGUUAGACGGUAUUCUCAGACACUAACCGCGCGUGUUUUGUACGUUUUCGGAAACAUUGCUGUUUUCACAUUUCACAAGGUAGCUGGACUAUUUUUUCAAUGUAAAAACCCCCAACAGCUGGCUAGUUGAUAUCACUUUGAGGACGUAUUCAGGAUUUACACGACGAUCGCGCAAUUUUUUAUACGUAUUUUCCGGGCAAAGCUCGUACAUGAAAAUGGUGAUUCAGAAAAUAAUGACAGAAAGUUCGUUAAAAAUAACAAGUUAUUUCAAAAUGUCCCAAAUAUCGCUACAGCGAGAUGGGGUACCCUCCCCUAAGUACUACAAGCAAUUUUCAGUCAAAAUUCAUUUUACCUUCAAAUGUUCAAACCAAUUUUUCUGAUACGUCGACGUCUCAAAAAGUCAGCGGUGUGGAACAUAUUUUUCGUAUCCUUUGUUGAGGUUUCCCAGUUUCUGUGUUACUGGUUUUUGAGAAGCAAUUUUUCAACGUACUAAAAAAAAUUAAGAGAGCAAAAAAAUGCAAACUUUGGACAGGUUGUAUUUCGGUGAAAAAUGGUCGUAUCUGGACAUUAAAAAAGCAUUUUGAAGCUUUAAGAUUCUAGUUUUUUUAGUUGAAAAAUUUUAAGAUCAAAAAUGUUUCAAGCCUGUGGACUUAACAUUUCCUGGCGUUUUCCAUUCAAAUUGCACGAGAACGGUUGCUCCUAAAAAUGUUUUGAUAAAAAACCUGGAAACUAGAAUCUUAAAGCCCUAAAAUGUUUUUUUUUUAAAGUGUAUAUACGACCAUUUUUCUCCGGAAUACAUCUUGUGAAAAAUCACCGAAACAUUUCUUGCCACCUUAAUUUUUUUGAGCAGUGUACACUAGUGGUGUCAAAGAGUCGGUACUUCUCAAUACCAACAGGGACAUUAAGUAUCUUGAAAGUGGCAUUAGGUUUUUUUUUUUGGAAAUUUUAUGUUUUUUACAUAAUAAACCCUUGCCCGUCUGCGGUUGAACUUGAAUAGUAGCAGUUUUUGAAAGAUAUAUAAUAAUACCACCUUAUGUGUAUUACUAGCCUUUUUAACAAUUAUGGAAAUACUGCUCCAUAUGCACUUUCUAAACUGUACUGAGUAGGUUGUGGCAUACAUUUUAAUUUGAACAAUACUCAUCAGGGCAAAAAAAUGAUUUUGUGAGAAAUAGAAAAAGGUUGAUAAUUUAAUACAUGACAAAUUUUUUGGACUGUUAUUUUUAUUUUAGUUGUAAAUAUUAUUUACAUUCAAGUGGGUUAUUAUAUAAUGUAUUUUAUUGUAUUUACCUACUUUAAAAAC